AUCAAAUUAACAAAUUUCAAACGCACACACUCUCUCUCAUUCACGAUUCCUACACAUCUGUUCUCAAUUAACACAAAUAUCUCGUAAUUCCCUUAAAUCGUCAGCAAAAGAUUACUUUUGAUCAUUAUGAACACCUUUCUCUAGUCUACCAGGUAUUUGUUCUACCAAAGGUUAAAGUCGGUUCAGCAUCUACUUGAUUAUUGUUUGUCUCAUGGAAAUUACAAAUUAGGGCAUUUUUGAUUUAAGGAGUCACGUAGGACCAGGAAGAAGAUUAUAUGCACUUUUGCACUUUAUGCGCUGGAUUUCACUUCAUCAAACUAGCUUUGUUUAUAGUUGCCCUAUUUUUUCACCAUGUCCAUCUUUCGUCGACGUGGAUCUUCUCACCAACAGCUAGAGCAGGAGCACCCUGAACUACAAUCCGACUCCAAGGUCAAUGAGCUUAAAGCUGCUAUUGGACCACUUUCAGGGAGAAACUUACUGUAUUGCACUGAUGCAUGCUUGAGAAGAUAUUUGGAAGCUAGGAAUUGGAAUGUAGACAAAGCAAAAAAGAUGUUGGAAGAAACACUUGCCUGGAGAUCAACCUAUAAACCUGAAGAAAUCCGUUGGCAUGAAGUCGCAAUGGAGGGUGAAACAGGAAAAUUAUUCAGAGCAAAUUUUCAUGACCGAGUUGGAAGAACUGUUCUGAUAUUAAAACCAGGACUUCAGAAUACAAAAUCAAUGGAGAACCAGAUCAAACAUCUUGUAUACCUGAUGGAAAACGCGAUGCUUAAUCUUCCGGAAGGUCAGGAAGAAAUGGCAUGGUUGAUUGACUUUACCGGGUGGUCAUUUACCACUAAUGUUCCGGUUAGAACCGCUAGAGACACCAUCAAUAUAUUACAAGACCAUUAUCCUCAAAGGCUAGCCGUCGCUUUUUUGUACACCCCUCCCCGCAUUUUUGAAGCUUUUUGGAAGAUUGUUAAGUAUUUCAUGGAUCCGAAAACAUUCCAGAAGGUGAAAUUUGUGUACCCAAAGAACAAAGAGAGUGUGGAGCUGAUGAGAUCGUAUUUUGAUAUGGAUAACCUCCCGACUGAGUUUGGUGGAAAGGCAACCAUGAAGUAUGACCAUGAAGAUUUUUCAAGGUUAAUGGCUCAAGAUGAUGUCAAAGCUGCUAAAUUUUGGGGUUUUGAUGAAAAGACCGGUUCUAUGUCUUCAAGCCAUGCUGUUGGAGCCACGGUUGCUCCAGAGCCCGCUUUGGCUUAGCAGCAUUCGGGCUAAACCAGUCAGCCCGGAUGCCAACUGCCUUAUUAUAAUUGUAGUUGUGUGCGUACCCGAGAUCACUAUUAUUAACCCCUUGAUUUUUAUAUUUGUGUAUGACAUUUGAUGGUUAUACUUCAUUGUGGAACCGAGUUUAUGAAAGAAGGCUUAAUUUUUGGCACA